AUGGCCGCCACCAUAGUCCGCCUCCAAAGACACGACUGCUUCGUCACUAGAUGUGAUGGAUCAACUAAGGAGGAGUUGGAGCAGAGCUGCCCGGGAGUGGUGUCCUGCGCCGAUAUCCUAACGUUCUCGCCAAGGGAUGUGCUUGUAUUAUCCGGAGUGCCACAGUUCGACGUUCCCGGCUGGAGGAGCGACGAGAACGUCUCCCGGGAAGCCGACGUGGGAAAACAUCUUGCAUCGCCGGACAACACGGUGGAUCAAAUAUUUAGAUGGCGGAGCUUUCAAGGCAAAAGGCUAGAUGUGGAGGACCUGGUGGUGCUGUUGGGCGCGCUUUCCAUCAGCGUCGCCCACUGUUCCAAUUUCCGGUACUGGCUAAACGAUCCGGCUAAAGCCAAGGAAGUCGACGUCACGGUGAAGGUCGUCAUGCAUGGGAACUCAUUGCCUGAACGUGAUGAACACAAUCCCAAUUUUAUCAAUGCUAAAAGAUAA